AUGGCAUCUCAAUACAUCACAGAACCACCAACAUCGGGACUGGUGACUCUAACGACAUCAAAAGGAGAGAUCGACAUCGAACUGUUCUCACGCGAAACACCUCUAGCCUGCCGCAACUUCCUCACUCUCGCACUCGAAGGCUACUACGACAAUCUCAUCUUCCACCGUCUCCUACCUGGCUUCAUCAUCCAAUCUGGCGACCCAUCUGGAACUGGAAACUAUGGAGAGAGUAUCUAUGGAAAACCAUUCGCAAUCGAACCCCACUCUCGACUCAAGUUCAAUCGAAGAGGCUUACUCGCUAUGGCUGCCCAAGACAAACAAAACGAAUCACAAUUCUUCCUCACACUUGACGCUACACCUGAACUUCAAGCAAAACAUACUUUGAUCGGCCGCGUAGUGGGAAAGUGUAUCUACAAUCUUCUCGAACUAGCCGAGGGUGUUGAGUUGGAUGGUGACAGACCCAGAUACCCUCCCAAACUGCUCGAGGUCAAGGUUUUGCAGAAUCCCUUCGAUGAUCUUAGGCCGAGAAUGACCAAAGAUCAGAAGAGAGAGAUGGAAAGGAAGGAGAGGCAGGAAGCGAGGAAGAGGAAGCAAGAUGAGCAGAGGAUCAACAAAGGAAAGGGAAAGAAGAAUAUAAAGCUUUUGUCGUUUGGUGACGAGGAGGAGGGAGAGGCAGCGCAAGGUGUUGUGCUGAAGGGCCCAAAGAGCUCGCAUGACUUAUUGAAAGAUGAUAGAAAGCUUUCAAAGCAGCCUAUCAACGUCGAAAAGCAGAGGAAGCAGCAAGAUCAAACAAAAGCAACUUCUUCUAUCAAUACAUCAACACUGCAGCAACCACAAUCACAUCUACCGCAAGCAACAAAGAAAGACAAUCUCAAAAAGCAAAACACUCUUAGUCCUCUUAACAUCAACGAGACCCAAGCAAACGGCAACACCCCCUCAAAAACAGCAGCAGCAAGAUCACUCCUCUGGGAACAAAGAUGCAAAUACCUAAACGCCAAAGCUCGCCCUUGCACCAAAACAGACGACUCACUAUCAGCUCUACUGUCAUUCCAAUCUCGUCUACACACUGCGACAUCUACUUGCAAGACACCUAUCAGAAAACAAGCGCGCAACCAAGAUGCAAAAGCCGAACAAGUAGAAAAGGAAUACGGAUCAAGCGAUGACGAUCUCAAUUGGCAAGAACACAAACUUGAUGCUGGUGGAAAAGCUCUACUUGCUACGAAAGCGCAUAACUCAGACAACUACCAAGUCUUAGAUCCCCGCCAGCACAAACCCGACAUCAGAGAGGAAAGAUAA